GGACUUGAAGGAGAGUGGAGUGGAGGGAGCAAAAGAGACAAGGCAGACAGAGGUGAGAGAUAUAGAAAGAGGGAGAUGAGUGUCUCAGCCAAGGCCAAGAGCAGUAGCGAAGGCUGGGGUAUGGGUUUUCUUCUGGUCUUCUUCCCUGAAGACGACCCCAUUAUCAACAAGAAGAAGAAUCUCUUCUCUUCUUCUUCUUCCUCUUCUUCUUCCUCCUUGAAAUCCACCACGAGAAUCCACAGCUCCAACAUCUUCACCAGGGCGCAAUCCACCAUCUCCAUCUGCGCCUUGAUCGUCUUCAUCACCCUCCUCCUCUUCACCCUCUCCACAUUCGAGCCCACCACCAUUGCAGCCUCCUCACCCCAUUCCAUUGCCUCCCGGAGAUGGCUAUCAGAGAAAUCUACGGCCAGCAAGCUCAGUGCCACACCCAAGACCUCCAAACCCACCCGCAAUUCCUUGUUCUCCACUACCUGGUUUCGAAAAGAGUGGAGGAGCAAUUCGCUGAAAUCAUCCUCUUUUGCGUUACAAGGAAUGGGCUGUUUGUACAGAAGAGGCACUAGAGCGAUGAAUGAUCUUGUUGUCGGUCAUGUGACUGAGGAUGUUACUCAGGACCAGUUUCGUAUGUUCUUGAGGGCAUUGUAUCGAUCCUCCAUCUCUGCCAAAACAGAUGUUGUUUUAAUAUUUUCUUCAUCGUCGGCGUCGUCGGAACUUGGGCCUGUAGUUCAGGAAGAGACCGAGUCGUUCUCGAGACUAGUUCGUCGCUACGGCGAGUUGAAUAGCACGAGUGAGGAGUCCGGAGUGACGAGUUUCGAUGUGACCCAGUUCUUGAAAUUUGGAAAGAAGGAGAAGGAGAGGAGAGAGCCGUUAUGGGGUCGAAGAAUUCGAAGCAAUUACAGCGACCCAAAUAGUGAGGAAGGGGAGGAAGCAGAGCCGACUCGGUUGAGGUACGGAUCGGUGGUGGGGUUCGAGGCCGCCGAGCUUGACCCGGAGAACUCGCUCGCCGGUUUCUUAGACCACGUUCCGAUGAGUCUCCGCCGAUGGGCUUGUUACCCAAUGAUACUCGGCCGAGUCAGGCGAAAUUUCAAGCACAUGAUGCUUGUCGACGUGAAGAGUUUUGUGCUUCUCGGUGACCCACUCGUCCGAGUAAGAAGCAAAAGCACAGAAUCAGUGUUUCUAUGGACAAACCCAGAGACUCUUACACCCAAGGGGCGCAAGAACUCGGACAAAACUCAGAACCAUCAGAAGCUGGUUAACUCGGAGAUUAUAAUGGGUGGAACUCGAGGCGUUAGACGAUUAUCAAACGCAAUGUUGAUCGAAAUAGUACGAGCAGCGAUGCAACGCAAGGGUAAGAGUCCAUUCAGUGAGUCAGUCCUCUUGAACCAGCUCGUCAGCAAUGGGGUUCUCUCCAAGGGCGUAGAUUUGACCAUAUCAAACGAGUCGGUUCCUGACUCGAACUCACUCGCCGGUGUGAACUCAAACUCAACUUCCUCCUUGUCUUUAUCAAAGUAUAGCGUGGUUCAACGUGGCAAUAGUAAUCGUGAUCUUAAUCAAAUUAUCAUGAAGGACAUAUGUUCAUCUACACUAGAUUCUUCUGUUUAUAGUGACUGUUAGCAGAAAAAUAAAAAAAGAAAAAGUGAUAUGUAUAAUUUUUUUUUUUUUUUGUUUACCACAAUUUUAUGUGCUUAGAGAAAUUUUUUGUAUGAUAAUAUCAGGUCAGGUCUAUAAUUUAUAUUGCCAAGAAACUCAUCUUAUGGAGUAUUCCUUCA